UCAGUCCCUUUGUUUUGUGCAACCAUGUUCCGAAAUCCUUGGAUCGCCAGCUAUUUGAGGAAUGUCAGAUACUCUGAAGAGCAAGAUUUUAACAAGGAAAAUUCAGUCAAAUACAAAACUCCAAGGUUACUCCAAAGGAGAAGGACAUUCAGUUUUCAGAAAGAGUUUUCAUUGGAGGAUAAAGAAGAGCUUGCAAAUAGCACAAAGGAUAUUGAUGCCAACCUUUUAGCAGUGCUGCCAAAAGUUUCUGAAUUAAGAAAACUCUUCGAACCAAAGAGGCGGGAUAUCUUGGAGAUGAAAAGGAAAGAGAGGAUAGCCAGACGUUUAGAAGGAAUUGAAAAUGAUGCCCAGCCUAUACUUACACAAAACUGCCCUGGGUUGGUUACCCAUCGUUUGCUAGAAGAAGAUACACCAAGAUAUAUGCGUGCAACAGAUCCUUAUAGCCCUCAUUUUGGAAAAUCAAAUGAAGAAGAAACCUCAGAUUCUUCAGUAGAGAAUCAGUCUAGUCCCAGAUACCCGGAAGAAUCCACUGGAGGAAAAACAAGGCCUUCUUACAGUCCAUUAGUCAUGGAUUCCAGGGGACUUGAGUCUAAAGCAGAAAGAAUAGCUAGAUAUAAGGCAGAGAGACGACGUCAGCUGGCUGAAAAAUAUGGUCUCUCUAUAGAUUCAGAUGUGGACUCUGAGUACUCAUCCAAAUACACCAGAAUGAGGAAAGAUCAAGAUGUGAUCGAGAAGAAAGUCUUGAAAAGCGAGAAACCAGAGGAUGAAAGCAAAGAUUAUAGUUCCAUGUAUUCAGUGAGAAGUGAACAUAAGGAGGUGAGACUUGUUGCUCCUGAGAUGAAAGAGCAUUCAGAGCAUGCAAGAAAGAGUUCUCCAGAGUGGGAAACGUUGCAGUUGAAAGAAGAUAAUGAGAGAAAUGCACCAGAGCAUAGUUCCAGUAGACAUGAUUUAUCAUCUGCUUUGGAGACUCCAACGCCCUUGUCGUUUCCUGGCCAUGACUCCGCCCAGAAUGAAGUGCCAAGUUCGCCAAAGCAAACUCACAGGGUUUCCCUGUCUUCACCAAAGCAGCUAGCUUCACCAAGUCAUUCCCUCAGUGAUACCAGAUUAGGUAGUGCAGGGAAAACAAAACCAGAUUGGUUUCUUCAGAAAGAUUCGGAUGGGGAUACAGCUUCACUUAUCAACUGGCCCUCCAGAGUAAAAGUUAGAGAGAAACUGGUGAAAGAGGAAAGUGCUCGUGGAAGCCCUGAACUUCUUACAGACACUGUGUUUCAGAGAAAGACCCGCCCAGUGCCUGUUAAUUUCGUGCCUCUGCAGUCGGAAACGUCUGCUUUCCAUAGGGCUGCCAAUCAACCACUUAGUUUGAUUCGCCAACCAACACAUGGCUAUAUCCAGCCUGCUGGAGUGCCUCAUACAGCUAAACUGGUGGUCUCCGACGAACCCAAAAGCAACCCUGCUAGUAGUUUCCCUUUGAUGGCAAAUACCAAAUUCCCAACAGAUACUACAAUGGAUGAUGAAAAAAGUGACUUGCAUCAGAAUUAUGGAUCAUCAAGAAUUGCUGUCUGCAGUUUAGAAGCUGACCAGGGAAGACAACCAAUUUUGCCAUCAGAGAUUCGUAGGCAAGGGAAGAGCAAAGAGCGCCACUUCGAAGGAGGUGAAUGUCAGAAGCCUCCAGGUGGCAAGCCAAAGUCAUUGGAACUUGAGCAGGAGCAGUUUAAGCAGUGGAUGCCUGGGCCUCCAGCGAAGACUCGUGAGAAUGUUGAAAGGAGCGAAAGAGUGAUGUAUCUUCAAAGUGCUAAAGCGAAAGUUCGGGAAGAGACUCCAUUUAAAUAUAAACUCCUUACCCGCUCAGUGUCUGAUCAUACUGGUUCUCCUAAGCUAGAGGUUUUCAGAAGUAAGGAGCAUAUUGCAAAGAACGCAAUGGAGUUUCAGAGCACCGAAACCAAGAUCCCGAAUGGUGAGAUUACCAUGGUUGACACAAAAGUCUCUGUUGCCCAACUCCGUAAUGCCUUUUUGGAAACUGCCAAUGCCAGCAAGAAACCAGAACUUGAAUCUCAGUUUGGGAUACCAACAUCAGGUAGUGAUUUGUCUGCCUAUGCUGAACAAGAACGAGGGUCACGAAGGCUGAGACGCUAUUUUUCUCCUGGGGAAAGUAGAAAGACUUCUGAGAGAUUUAGGACUCAACCUAUAACUUCUGCAGAGCGAAAAGAAACUGAUAGGUCUGUAUUCAGUCCAGUCAUGCCGGCUCCUGAGGAUGAGGAGAAAUUGGACGAGCGAGCCAAACUGAGCGUUGCUGCAAAGAGGUUGCUUUUCAGGGAAAUGGAGAAGUCAUUUGAUGGGAAAGGUCCUCCAAAGCCUCGUGCAAGGAAUUCAGCUGUGGAAAGAAGGCUGAGGCGAAUGCAGGACAGAUCACGUACACAGCCUGUAACCACUGAGGAAGUUGUCAUCGCAGCAACUGAACCUACCCCUGCCUCAUGUACUGUGAAUACCCACAAUGUAGUGGCAAGAAUACCUAAUCCCACUGUAGUUAAGAGCACUGUACAUCCUACAAGGUUGCAGGCAUCGGCGCACCAAAAGACUUUAGCAAAAGAUGAAAUAAAAGAAGCCAAAGAGGCUCUUGCACAAGAGCAGUCUGGAGAACCAGACUCUUCCACCCUCAGCUUGGCAGAGAAGAUGGCCUUAUUCAACAAACUCGCUCAGCCAGUUACAAAGGCCAUCUCUACAAGGAACAGAGGGGACAUUAGGCAAAGGAGGUCAAAUAUGCGUUACCAGACCCAGCCUGUCACCCUUGGAGAAGUUGAGCAGGUACAAAAUGACAGUGGAAAGCUUACUCCUUUGUCUCCCACUGUUGUAACAACGGUCUCCACCAUGUUACCCCCCUGGUCGUCAGUAUACACAAAGGAUCUGCACGUGAAGGGAGUGGGGGAAGAAACGGCUAGCGAGGUGAACCACACCAAUUUGAGAUACCAGUCGCCAGUAGAAAAUGUGGAUACUUCGUUAAAAAAUAUCCUGAAAACGGAACAGUGGCAGGCUUCAGUGGCAGUGAGAGAGAGCAGUUGCCAGUCAAAGGAGCGUGAAGAGGCAGAGCCCAAGGGAUUUAUAGAACGUGAAGAGAACGGCAUGAAAGCUCACAGUUCCUUUGAGGAAGAGCUCCCACAUCCUGCCUCUAAUAAAACAGAGGACUACAACAAAGAGACAAAAUACGCAUUCCCACGAAAAAGCAGCAUGGAAUUGUUCAGCCCACAACCUCUUUGUCAGCCUGCGGAACAAAAGGAAUUUGUCGCUGAUAUCCUGGAGGGUAAACAAGAAGUCAGAGGCCAGUCCUUUGAAGAAACGAUGGAGUUGGAGGGGGUAAUGACUCGAUCAACCCUGCUGAGAGAGCACAUUGAGCCAGUUCCAGAACCCGAAGGCGCAGUGACAACAAAGAAUGUUUCUCAGUUUGCCAUAUCCUGUAGGCAGCAGGAAACAUCUGAGCUGUUGGAGGGAAAACUCGACUCCAGGGACAGCAAAACAGAAAUCACAGAGGAUGCUCUGGAUGCGUCCAGCAAAACGAUGUCAAUUAAAGAAAGGCUGGCCCUCCUGAAGAAGAGUGGGGAGGAAGACUGGAAAAACAGGCUGAACAAAAAGCAGGAGUAUGGCCGAGCAUCUCUUAUCGAGCGGAGCCCUCAGCUGCAAGAGAUGGAGCACUUGUUUACCAAAAAGGAAGAAGGAGGAGGUACAGAUGAUAAUGCCAUGUCUAAGCAGCUUUGGGAACCUGUCUAUGCUUCUACUUAUUCUCCUGCUAUAGCCGCUGCCCAUAAAUUUCAUUCCUUUGUACCUAUUAAUCAGGUCAGUAGUGCUAGUUUGAGAGAGCCAAGCCCCCUGGUCUUUGAACGUCACCCCUGGAGAUGGAAGAGGAUGUCAGAUAGCUCUGAAAGUCAGAUGACAAUAGAAGAAAGAAAGCACCUGAUCAGCGUCCGUGAAGAAGCUUGGAAAGCAAAGGGGAAAGGAGCAGCCAAUGACUCAACACAGUUCACUGUGGCUGGCAGAAUGGUCAAAAAAGGCUUAGCUAGUCCCACUGCCAUAACUCCAGCAGCAUCUCCUUUCAGCAGCAGGCUGAAGUCCACAACGCCAGUCUCCAAACCCCUGGAAGAAAUUGAAGCUAGGCCAGAUAUGCAGUUAGAAUCAGACAUGAAGUUGGAUAAACUGGAGACUUUCUUGGGAAGGCUGAACAGCAAAGUUGGUGGGAUGCAGGAGACGAUGUUGACAGUCACAGGAAAGUCAGUGAAAGAAGUGAUGAAACUGGAUGAUGAGGAAACAUUUUCCAAAUUUUAUCGCCAUGCGGAUUACCCCACUUCUGCCCUGCCUUUGGAGCUGGAUGAGGACUUUGAUGCCAUCUUUGAUCCUGAUGCCCCAAAGUUAAUUUCUUCAGUAGCCGAGCACAAGCGUGCAGUAAGGCCCAUGAGGAGAGUCCAGGCUUCCAGAAACCCCUUGAAAUUGCUGGCGGCAAGAGAGGACAUUCUGCAUGAGUACACAGAGCAGAGGCUGAAUGUUGCCUUCAUGGAGUCAAAACGGAUGAAAGUUGAAAAAAUGUCUGCAAACUCACAUUUCUCAGAAGUAGCGCUUGCUGGCUUAGCAAGUAAGGAGAACUUCAGCAGUGUUAGCCUACGUAGUGUCAAUCUAACAGAACAGAACUCAAACAACAGUGCUGUGCCAUACAAGAAGCUGAUGCUCUUGCAGGUAAAAGGAAGAAGACAUGUUCAAACAAGAUUAGUGGAACCAAGAGCUUCAUCACUGAACAGCGGCGACUGUUUCCUGUUGCUGACUCCCCAUUACUGCUUCCUGUGGACAGGCGAGUUUGCCAACGUUAUAGAAAAAGCUAAGGCUUCGGAACUUGCAACAUUAAUUCAGACAAAGAGGGAACUUGGCUGCCGAGCGCCUUAUGUGCAGAACAUAGAGGAAGGCAUCAAUACUCAUACCCACGCAGCCAAAGAAUUCUGGAAACUCCUUGGUGGCCAGACAAGUUACCAGACUGCUGGAAGACCUGAAGAAGAUGAAAUGUAUGAAGCUGCAAUAAUAGAAACCAAUUGCAUAUACCGGCUGGUGGAUGAUAGACUCAUCCCUGAUGACGACUACUGGGGAAAGAUGCCAAAGUGCACACUGUUAAAUUCAAAAGAGGUCUUGGUGUUUGAUUUUGGCAGUGAAGUCUAUGUUUGGCAUGGAAAAGAGGUCACACUGGCACAAAGGAAAGUGGCAUUCCAACUGGCCAAACACUUGUGGAAUGGUACUUUUGACUAUGCUAACUGCGAUAUCAAUCCUCUGGAUCCUGGGGAAUGCAAUCCCCUUAUCCCAAGAAAAGGACAAGGGCGACCAGACUGGGCUAUUUUUGGGAGGCUCACAGAACACAACGAGACAAUAUUAUUUAAAGAAAAGUUUCUUGAUUGGACUGAGCUGAAGAAACCUGUAGAGAAGAACUCUGAAUCCACUCCGCAGAAGGAUGAAACUAGGUCAGACGCUAAACCAUAUGACAUUAUGCGAAUGGUACCUGUGCCCCAGACCACAGUCGGGACAAUCUUAGAGGGGAUGAAUAUUGGUCGUGGCUAUGGAUUAAUUGAGGGAGACGACGGGAGACAGUUUGAGAUUAUCACCGUCUCUGUGGAUGUCUGGCAUAUCUUGGAAUUUGAUUACAGCCGGCUCCCUAAACAAAGCAUUGGGCAGUUUCAUGAAGGAGACACGUAUGUGGUCAAGUGGAAAUAUCUGGUGAGCACUUCAGUUGGAAGCAGGCAAAAGGGGGACCAGCAGACAAGAGUUGUUGGCAAAGAAAAAUGUGUUUACUUCUUCUGGCAAGGGAGGCAUUCAACCGUCAGUGAGAAAGGAACCUCUGCACUGAUGACUGUGGAGCUGGAUGAGGAGAGGGGUGCUCAGGUGCAAGUUCUUCAAGGAAAAGAGCCACCAUGUUUUCUCCAGUGCUUUCAAGGUGGAAUGAUUGUUCAUGCGGGGAGAAGAGAAGAGGAAGAAGAAAAUACACAGAGUGAUUGGCGAUUGUAUUGUGUACGAGGGGAAGUUUCGGUUGAAGGAAAUUUGCUUGAAGUAGCCUGCCACUGUAGCAGUCUCAGGUCCAGGACUUCGAUGAUCGUUCUCAACAUCAACAAAGCCCUCAUUUACCUGUGGCAUGGCUGCAAAGCCCAGCCUCACACAAAGGAUGUAGGAAGAACGGCAGCCAAUAAAAUAAAAGAGCAAUGUCCACUGGAAGCAGGAUUGCACAGCAGUAGCAAGGUGACAAUACAUGAAUGCGAUGAAGGGUCAGAGCCAUUGGGAUUCUGGGAUGCCUUAGGAAGGAGGGACCGGAAAGCCUACGACUGUAUGCUACAAGAUCCUGGGAAGUUUAACUUCACUCCCCGCCUGUUCAUCCUCAGUAGUUCAUCGGGUGAAUUUUCAGCCACCGAAUACAUCUACCCGGCUAGGGACCCGUCAGUGGUCAAUUCUAUGCCAUUCCUGCAGGAAGAUCUCUACACAGCACCACAGCCAGCCCUCUUCCUUGUUGACAAUCACCAUGAAGUGUACCUCUGGCAAGGCUGGUGGCCUGUGGAAAAUGAAAUAGCAGGAUCUGCCCGAAUCAGAUGGGCUUCAGACAGGAAAUGUGCAAUGGAGACAGUCCUCCAGUACUGCAAAGGAAAGAAUGUGAAGAAACCUCCUAAAUCUUACUUAAUUCAUGCUGGCCUUGAGCCCUUGACUUUCACCAACAUGUUUCCCAGCUGGGAGCACAGGGAAGACAUUGCAGAGAUCACAGAGAUGGAUGCUGAAGCUUCAAAUCAGAUAAUCCUUGUUGAAGAUGUGCUGUCCAAGCUGUGCAAAAAGCUGUAUCCACUGGCUGAUAUCUUGGCAAGGCCUCUCCCUGAGGGUGUGGAUCCAUUAAAACUUGAAAUUUACCUUUCAGAUGAAGACUUUGAGACUGCAUUGCAAAUGACCAGAGAAGAGUAUAACAGCCUGCCUUCUUGGAAACAGGUGAACCUCAAAAAGGCAAAAGGACUCUUCUGAUCAGCGCGUUGUUGGUAGCCACGGGCUAUUGCCAGACCCAGUCAGCACAUCUCAGUGCAGCAGCUGUUAACAAUAUGUUGGUUUGCAUCAGUUUUCAUCAAGCAAACGAGAUACGGUCUGAAGUUGCUAGAUUACUGCCUACUCCAAAACAACAUAAUAUUGUAAAUGUGAUAGAGAACUCUUUACAACCUCUCUCUAUCCCCCUUUUUUUUGGGACUGCAAGGGUGGGUAAUGUUUAUGAGUCUUGUUCUUUGUACUUUUCACAGUAGGCUGCUGCGACUUUCCUUUUGGCUGCAUACACUACUUGCCAUUUGAGCUGGGAAAAUGCUCUCUUUGUAAAGUGUUACCUUUGUUAAAGCUGUGGAUUUUCAAAAGAGUUUAUAUUUAUAUAAAACGCAAUAGGACAAGGGUGUAUUUAACAAUGCAAAUGUGUAUUACUCACAUUCAAGACUUUCUGUCGAGAAAGGGCUUCAGGAAAGUAGCUGGCUAAGGAGCCAUUGUGUGUCCCAAGUUUGUUCAACCACCACUACACUUUCCUCUUGAGCAUCCUGAAUGAUUUCUUUUUGCAACGGGCCAUGGUUUUGGUCACAGUGCUACUUCAGGUGCUAAAAAACUGAACCAAGUGUUUGUAUUUAUCACUUGGGUUUCUCGAGAAACUCUCUGAAUCAAACUUUGAUAUACUUUGAUAUCCAAAAAUGUAUAGUGCCUUGGUUUUUUUUUUUUUGUGUACAGUUUAUAUACAAAAAUAUCAGUCUGUGUUUUGAACAUGGCUCAGAACAGUCUCCUAUGCUCUACUUUUAUAACAGUAGAAAUUAAAAAAAAAUCUCAGUUCCUAAUCACUUGCUGUAAACAUGAAACGUCUUUUGUGAUGAAGACCUAAAGCAAAAGCUUCCAAAUAAACUCUUCGCAAUGCA